AUGGUCCAGCUUUUGCAGAUUGCUGUGGCGUGUGUUUCUCACGUGCCAAAUCAGAGACCGUUGAUGAAGGAUGUUUUACGUUUGAUGGAGGAAAUGAUGAACAGACUUCAGAUUAUACGACAGUCAUCCGAUGAACAACCGUCUAAAGAAUCGGAUGGACAGACUACGCCGCAUGCCGCGGCGGAACUCGAGCAGCUAAGAGCUCGCGACCUAAGAAGACAUGCAAGCAUUGGUAACUUGUUGGUUGUUGGAACUUUCAGCGAUCCCAGCAUUGUCGGGUUAUAUUAUACUAAAAUUAAGUUAGGUUCUCCUCCAAGGGAGUUUCAUGUUCAUAUUGAUACGGGAAGUAAUGUUUUGUGGUUGAACUGCAAAUCGUGUAAGAAUUGUCCUAAAAAAUCAAGUUUAGGGUUUUCGCCCAAUCUGUUUGAUCCGGCGAGAUCGUCCUCUUCUACACCGUUGUAUUGUUCGGACUCAUUAUGCACUUCUUCCAUUAGUCAGUGUACUAAUGGGAGUAGUAGUAGUAGUCCAUGUGACUUUUCGAUUACAUAUGAAGACGGUAGUGGGUCGUCGGGUUCAUAUUUCACCGACUUUCUGCAUUUUGAUGACACACCAGCUCGAAUUGUUUUCGGAUGUAGUUCAUAUAUAUCGGGGACAUUAACUCUAGAAAACUAUGCCAUUGAUGGGACUUUGGGGCUGGGUUACAUAUAUCCGUCAGUUGUAUUACAAUUAGCAUCUCAAGGAAUUACCCCUCAAAUAUUCUCGCAUUGUUUGGGCGGAGAUGACAAAGGGGUACUCGUUAUGGGAGAAAUUCAAGAUCCGGGGACUGUGUAUAGUCCUCUCGUGCAGUCAACGGGUUAUUAUAGUUUAGAUCUUAAAAGUAUUACUGUCAAAGGGAAACCAUUGCCAGUCAAUCCGAUUAUUUACAGUAGUUCAUAUGGCGGUGGAGGAACCAUUAUUGAUUCGGGGACAACUCUUGCAUAUUUGGUUGCGGAUGCAUAUGAUUCCCUUGUGAUUGCUGUAAAUAAUGCAGUUUCUGAAUAUUCAUUGCCUAUAAGCUAUGAUGGAACCCUAUGUUACAAAUUCUCCAGGAUUGACAGGUUUCCCGACGUCGUUUUCAAUUUUGCUGGCAACGCAUCAUUGGUUUUGACCAUUGGUUUUGACGGGAAAAGAUUACAUUUUGAAUGCACGACCCAUCAUUGAUGGCAUUUCAGCAAUGUGCAUUGGAUUUCAGAAAAGUAUGAAUGAAAAUAUUACAGUUUUAGGAGAUCUUGUACUGAAGGACAAGAUCAUAGUUUAUGAUUUACUUCACCAACAACUUGGUUGGGCUAAGUAUAAUUGUUCUAAACCUGUGAAUGUUUCCCCAACUUCUGGAUGGGUCCCUAGCCAUGUUACACAACCAACUGUUACGAGAAAGUCAUUUUUAUUGAUCAUAUAUUUAUUGUAUAUGAUAUUACUUUUAGUU